UGACAGCAGCAGUGCCACGUCAGCAGCAGGGCCACGUCAGCAGUACCUCGUCAGCCAAUAAGUGCAGCUAAUGCUCCGAUGCAGCAAACGCAUCGCAGCAUGUGAAGGGCGGACAGCCGCAGCGGAACAACAACUACCCUUGCCCCACCCCUCUGCAAUGGAUGCCCAGGGCAACCCCACGCUGGACAAUGCCACAUCCGGCAGUCCACGCGAGGCGUGCAGCUCGAACCCCCUGGUCCCACAGGUCCAGCAGGUGGGUUCCACUGCGACACCUGCGGGAGCCCUCGAUGCGGCGCCAUUCCGGCAACAAGGAGAGGCCAUGAUGGCCUUCCAAGCCCACCUGGGCACCUACAUGCAACAAGUACGAGAGGAACAGCAAUGCGAGGCGGCAGCCGAAACGGCACACCUCAACGCCAUUGCACGCGACGCGGAGCAACGACGUCGGCAACAUGGUGAAGCACCUGCCAACCAUAACAAAGCUCGAAAAGAUGCCGCAUCUGUCCUCAUGCAGCAGGAAACCGCUCAUACCGCUACACUCCAAGCAUGGAAUGUUGAUCCAGCGCAGACGACGGAACCAACUGCGGAGGAGCAGACCAAGUCAGCCCUCGCGAACAUGAUGCACCAAGUCAUCCUCACUUGUAAUGGGCAACAAGUGGAGCUGGCUCGGCAGGCACGUACCAUUGCUGAGUACGAGGAGACUUUCAAGAACCUCCAUGCCCGCCUUGACGUGCUGGAGAAGGAUGACGUGCCGCACAGGCACACGGCAUCGCCAAUCAUUGAUCCAUCCAUCCGCGAGCUGGAAGAACGAAUGGAUCAUCUAGUGGCGCUCGUCGGAAAGUUGAAUAGUUUCCGACAACCGGGGACCAUCAGCCAUCAAAUAGCCGCCCUACAAGCGGAUCUGCGUCAGCUGCAGCAGCAACGAACUGGGACCUGAAACAUUCACCAACGAGCUCUCCAUCCACUUGGUCCCACCAGAGUC